AUGACGUGGGGAGCUAAUGAUGUGGGCCAGCUGGGAGACGCAAGCGCAGAAGACCGCAGAACUCCUCAACGAGUCUUCCAGCAGAACGAUUGCGUUGGGGUCGCUGCUGGCUGGCAUCACACUGCAUGCUGGGACUGUGAGCGAGGUGAGGUGUGGGUCUGGGGCAGCAACCUUUUCGGACAGGUGGGUGACGGCACCAAGGAGUGCGCCCUGGCGCCACACCGCGUUCUUCGCCAGUAUCCUCUGGUGAUGCAUCCCUCACGUCUGGCCGUCAGCUUCUUGCAGUUGCUGGAAUUCCAGGAAAAGGUGCAAGAGGAGUCCAGGAUCACUUAUCCUGUGAUGACCGUGCGAGAGGUUGUCCACCAGGUUGUUUGCCCAGCGACGGCUUCCCAGCCCAAUCUUGGAUAUGCGCGACUCUUGAACUCCGAGCGGCCCCUGUUGGGCGAGGCCUUCAUCUCUCACAGCUGGGACGGGCCCUUCGUGGCCUUUGCAGAGGCCGUCGUGGAGGUCUUCUCCUCUUGGAAGAGGCCUCCCAACUUGUGGAUCUCCUUUCUGGCUCUCUCCGUGCACAGCGUUGUGCCAGUGCGCCUCCGUGCGGCUCCGCAGGAGGCGCCCUGGGCUCUGGCCCUGCAGCGGGCGAAGACGGUGCUUCUGGUCCGGAACCUUAGGUGUGACGUCUACAAGCGGUUGUGGUGCGUCUUCGAGCUGUACAUAGCCUCCCGCUUGGGCUUCCUGAGCCGCCCGGGAGGGCUCCUGGUGCACGGGGCGAACCACCCGGCCACGGAGCGCACUGUGCGCAUCUCCGGCUGUGAGACCUCACUACCAGAAGACAAGGAGUGGCUGCUGUCUUACUUCGAUCUUCAGCCGGGCUCCAUAGAGCAAGCGGAGCGUGUGGCCAGCCAUGUACAUAAGACAUACUAUCGUUGA